GAGAUAUUAUUGCCUGAUCAGUGAUCAUUAAUCUAUAGCAAGGAAAUGGCAACAAAAGUAGUAAUGAUAGGACCACCGCACAGCGGGAAAACGACAUUAGCAAAUUACUUGGCUGAUGCCACAGACUCUACCAGUGGAGAAUACCACCCAACAUCAGGUGUUCGGAUUUUGGAAUUCUCUUGCAAUCUUCCUGAUUCCAAAGCUGUUGAUAUAGAGUUGUGGGACUGUGGAGGUAAUCCCCAAAAUGAAUCUUGCUGGCCCGCUAUUGCAAGGGGAGCAGCAGCUCUUGUACUGGUAUCAAAUGUAGAUAUACCGGACUCAGAGGGCCAGUUCCUGGAAAUGCUGUACUUGAGGUUUGCUGCUCAACAUGGUCUCAAGGAGUCUCAAUGUGCUGUAUUCCUGAAUAAAGUCGGAGAAACAGAAAAAGUUGGGAAAGUUCCGGCAAUGCUGACCAAGGUGCCCCACGAAAUUGUAUCAAUGGAGAAUGGAAGUAAUGUGCACGCAGCAUUUUGUCGAGUUAUAUCUUCAGCAUUAACGGCACAGUCAGAAGAGUGGCGGAAGGGAGAAAAUCAAAUUUUAUCCGUUCAAUGACUUGUUUUGUUGAGAUAUUUCUUAUCAUGAAAUUGAAAUGAAAAAGUUUUCACAGAGUCAACAGAUAUGUUGCUGCAGGUAUUAUGCAUUGUUAAAUUAUAUUGGAGCUAUUACAGUCGAUUAUGUUUAAAGAGUUGUAUUGGAGUUGUAUUGGACCAACACUAUUUGAAUUUGUAUAUUAUUUAUGGUUGUUGAUCAAUCUACAGUCGAUAA